GUGGGCGGGGGGCGGGGGGGCCGGGCUAUAAUGCCAUUGAUGCCGGGCGGCGGAGCCAGACAAUACCGCGCCCCCGAGCCGGGUGCCCGGAGCGCCCUGCCCUGCCCUGCCCCGGCCGGCCCCGCUCCGCUCCCACCAUGAUGUCCAUGAACAGCAAGCAGGCGUUCAGCAUGCACCCCAUCCUGCACGAGCCCAAGUACCCGCACCUGCACACCAGCACCGAAGCCAUCCGCAGAGCCUGCCUGCCCGCCCCCCAGAUCCAGGGGAACAUCUUUGCGGGCUUUGACGAGACGCUGCUGCGGGGGGCCGAGGCUCUGGCCGCCGUGGAUAUCGUGUCGCAGAAAACCCACCCGUUCAAGCCGGACGCCACCUACCACACCAUGAGCAGCGUGUCCUGCACUCCUACCUCGUCCUCCGUCCACCUGCACCACCCGUCCGUGCUGACCACGCACCACCCCCACCACCACCACCACCAGCCCUCGCAGGGCCUGGACGGGGAGCUGCUGGACCACCUCAACUCCGCCCUCCCGCUCGGAGGGGUGCCGGGCCCCGACGUGGGCUCCACGCCUUCGCACCCGCACUCCCACAUGUCGGCCAUCAACCACAUGGCCCACCACUCGCAGCCCAUGAACAUGUCCCACCCCCACGGCCUCGCGUCCCACGCCGUCAUCUCCGGCCCCGAGACGGAGACGGACCCGCGGGAGCUCGAGUCCUUCGCCGAGCGCUUCAAGCAGCGGAGGAUCAAGCUGGGGGUCACCCAGGCGGACGUGGGCUCCGCGCUGGCCAACCUGAAGAUCCCGGGGGUGGGCUGCCUUAGCCAAAGCACCAUCUGCAGGUUCGAGUCGCUCACCUUGUCCCACAACAACAUGGUGGCCCUCAAGCCCAUCCUGGAAGCGUGGCUGGAGGAGGCGGAGAGGGCGCAGCGGGAGAAAAUGACCAAACCCGAGAUCUACACGGGGGGGGACAAGAAGCGCAAGCGCACGUCCAUCGCCGCCCCCGAGAAGCGCUCGCUCGAGGCCUAUUUCGCCGUGCAGCCCCGGCCCUCCUCCGAGAAAAUCGCCGCCAUCGCCGAGAAGUUAGACUUGAAGAAGAACGUGGUGCGGGUCUGGUUUUGCAAUCAGAGACAGAAACAGAAAAGGAUGAAAUUUUCUGCCACCUACUGAGGAAGGGGCUGGGGAGGCAGCGGUGCGGGGGGUGCUGCCCUCCCGACCGCCCCCCCGGCCCUUCCUAAAUGGGGCUUGGGGUUGUCGGGUUUUUUUUUGGUUUUUGUUUUUUUUUUUUGGGUUAAA